AUGAAUAAUUUAACUGAAUUACAUCACAACAAACUGAUUACAUCAUUCACCAAUUCUAAUCCAAAUAAUACUAAUUAUAUUUAUAUCUUUAUGCAAGAUUUAUCACAUUCGAAUCUAUUAUGUAAUCAACAAUUUCAUCAUUAUAAGAAAUUAUUAUAUAAAGUACCAUUGAAUUGUCUAUGGAAUAAUCCAAGAAGUAAAGCAUCAUCAUGGGCAUCAUCAUCAUCAUUAUCAUCCAUUAGAUUACGAUCUAAAAUUAAAAAAUUCUUAUUAUUCAAUGAAAAUUUAAUGAAAUUUAUUAUCAAUUAUACACAGUUAAAUCAUGUGAAUAUUGUCAAAUUUUAUGGUUUAAGUAUAAUAGAUAGAUCAAUGAAAUAUUCUUCAUAUUCAAUAAUUACAGAGUACUGUAUCAAUGGAUCAUUGGAUAUGUAUUUGAAAAAUAUAACUAUUCCUAAAAAGGAAGCCUAA